AAAACAACCUCAAGGAGUUGCCAAGGCCACGUUAAGUUUAGACAAAUACCUUUCUGUCGCUGCGGUCGCUAGCCGUACAGACGUCUCCCGACAGCGAGACAGAAAACACCCGUCGCCGCCGCCGCCCGCUCGCCAGCACACAUGGCCAACCCAGGCUCGCUCGCUCGCCUCGUGUCCCUGAUGGUGAUCAUCAUGGCUGGCGCGGGGUCUUCUGAGCUGCUCGAACUCUCCUACACGUACAACCUCGACGCCCCAACUUCUCCUAAACUCAAGCCCUUCACCUAUAAAGUCCUCAAGAAAGGAUACAACGACUUCGGUGUCUGGGUGGAGUUAAAUGAGUUUUGUACUUCGGAGCACGCUGGGACGCAUCUGGACGCGCCCGUGCACUUCGCGAAGGACCGCUGGGGCGUCAGCGACAUCCCCCUCGACCGCCUGUGGAGGGUGCCCGCUGUGGUCAUCGACGUGUCCCGGGCCAUCGAGCGGUCCGGCCAGAUCGACUACCCUAUAGCGGUAGAGGACCUCGAAGCCUGGGAGAAGGAGCAUGGCGUGAUCCCCGACCACACCGUCGUCCUCGUCCGCACGGGCUGGGGCCUCAAGAGCGGCGACCUGCAGGCGUAUUCCAGCGUGGACGAGACCAACACCAACCACUUCCCUGGUCUGAGCAAGGAGGCAGCGACCUGGCUAGCCACCCACGGACAGCGACACGGACACCGCACCGGUAUCGUGGGCGUGGGAGUAGAUACGAUCUCUGUGGACGUGGGAAAUUCUACGAGAUACGGCGCACACGAGGCUAUGUAUUCGCGGAACCUCUUUGGACUGGAGAACGUCGCUAAUAUGCAUAAGCUUCCCCCCUCGGGCUUCCGCGUCACCAUCCUGCCCAUGAAGAUCGGCGGAGGGAGCGGCGCCCCCGCUCGCAUCGUCGCCGAACUGGACCAGCGCGCCGAGCCCCUCGCCAGCGCCUCCUCCAGGAACGCGGGCGUGUCCCUGGCCACUCUCCUGCCCGUGUUCCUGCCCGUCCUGAUCGCGGCGGUGUUCGGGAAGAGGGGGGCGUGAGUGGAUGGGCGUGCGGAGUCUUUAUGGGCGUGCGGAGUCUGGAUUGGCGUACGGAGUCUGGAUGAGCGUGCGGAGUCUGGAUGAUUCGUGCGGAGUCUGGAUGAUUCGUGCGGAGUCUGGAUGAUUCGUGCGGAGUCUGGAUGGGCGAGCGAAGGCCUUGGGUAAACCUGCUGGGUGUUGGACUUGAUACAGAUAAUAUGUAUUUUUUUUUUUAAUGAUUAAAUUUUCUUAAGUCAUAUUUGAUACUCUCACAGAUGAGACAUAAGAUCUAUUAUAAUAUGUCAGCAAAAAUAGAUUAAGACAUUUGUUGCAAUAAAACAUCAGGGUUGAAUUCACAUGAUUUGUUUUGGUAUGUGGGAUGGAAAUAAAGGUUUGUGUGUUUGUAACUUUAGAUAGAUUUUUCUUUUCGCUUGUCCGUAAGAUAUGAACUUUUAAUGGAGAAAAGGACUCAGGAAAUGUGUUUAUGUAAUUACUAAUAAAUGGAAUGUUUGAUGUGAUUAAAGCAUAGAACACAUA